AUGAAAAUUUUUCUCUUGCGUUCUUUAAAUCGUAUAGCGUGGUUCUAUGCUUAUCUAGGGUUAAUUUAUGCACUUUAUUUUAUUUAUUUUAUUGUUGUACCAACGUAUCGUGAACAAAAUCGAUUAUCGAAUUUUACAUAUUUCAUUUUUAAUAUCAUUUUUUUAUAUUUCUUUUUACAAGCUUAUCUUAAUUUAAUUCUUACAACAUUUUCUUCUAUAUCAUUGUGUAAUGAAGAAAAAAUCGAUCGAUAUUGUCGUAAAUGUUUAAAUUAUAGUCGAGAACGAUCACAUCAUUGUAAUUUAUGUCAAUUAUGUAUACCAAUACAAGAUCAUCAUUGUUUUUUUGUUGGUACAUGUAUUGGUAAACAUAAUCAACGAUAUUUUCUUUUAAUGCUUUUUCAUCUUUUAUGUGCACAUUUUAUUGGUUAUAUAUUUGUUUUUAAUUAUUUAUGGAAUGAAAUAGAUGGAUUUCAUAUUUUAAAUAUUUUUAAAAUUUUAUUUUUUAAUAUUGGUUAUUUAAUUGGUUUCAUUAAAACAAAAUGGCAAGCAUUUAUUUGUUUUCAUCAUUAUCUUGUGUAUUUUGAUAUAAUAUUUAUAAGUAAAUUAUUUUAUCAAAUAAUGAAAAGAUCAUUGAAUGGACAAACAUAUUAUGAAGAAAAGAAAAUGAUUUUUAAAAAUAAACAAACUUUUUCUCAGAUUUUUGGUUCAAAUAAAUGGAUAUUAAUAUUUCCAUUAAUCCGUCCAUGA